CCCUCACCGUGUCCCUCUUCCCCCCCCUCAGGCCAUGGCAAAGAGCCUGAGGAGCAAAUGGAGGAGGAAGAUGCGGGCGGAGAAGAGGAAGAAGAACGCGCCCAAGGAGCUGGAGAGGCUGAAAAAGAUCCUGGGAACCAACGCUGAUGUCCUCAUGGAGGAGGUCAAGGAGGUGGCGACUGUGGUGCCGCCCCAGAAGGCCCUCGAGCCGCCGGGCGGUGACUGCAAAAUGGACGUAGAUAAUAAACGGAACAAAAAAACUCUUCUAGACCAGCAUGGACAGUACCCAAUAUGGAUGAAUUCCAGGCAGAGAAAGAAGCUGAAGGCACAGCGUAUUAAGGGGAAAAAAAAGUCAAAAUUGGCCAAAGGCCUAGUCUGGUAAAAUUGGAGUUUUGUAAGAUCAUGGAUAUUUUACUUGCAAAAUAAUUUUCCC